UGUUUCCUAUAGGGCACCUUAAAAUUUCUUCAUUUGUGUCCUUGUUUCUGAUUGGCUUGACCAUGUUGUGGUCAUCCGGGUAGUAUGACGUUCGGUGGCAGGUGGUCUCGCCUGACAGGUCUAACUAUUAAACAUGGUAGCUAUUCCGGACUGGCAUUUUCUGUUCCAAUAUUCGGCUCUCUUGUCUACUAUGUUUACCUACAUAAUGGAGGUGAACGAACUGUCUACAAUCAUGUUUUGACAGCCAAAAGGUUCCUGAGAGCUGUUUAUACUGGGACUCUUAUAUCUAUGGAUUAUAAGUGGACUAUGACCAUAUUCCCACAUGCAAGUAAAGUCCAUGAAUAUAUAUUUUCGUGUUGACCUGUUUUUUAGGGUUCUAAACAUUAUCAUGAUGAAUUGGCUAAAUGCCAUCAAAGAGCUGCGGACAGGAUAUUACAAGGGUGUCUUUCUAAUGGAGGUUUAUAUAUCAAGAUGGGACAGGGUUUAGCUAGUAUGAACCAUGUCUUACCUGUGCAGUACACAGAAACAUUAGAAAAAUUGCAUGAUCAAGCACUUGUACGUUCAGGGGAUGAGAUACAUCGUAUAUUCAUGGAAGACUUUGGCAAACCACCUACUGAACUGUUUGCCAGUUUUGAAUAUAAACCAUUGGCUGCAGCUAGUUUAGCUCAAGUACACCGUGCUGUUACACAUUAUGGUGAAGAAGUUGCAGUGAAGGUUCAGUAUGAAGAUUUACGUGAUCGAUUUGAUGGUGACAUGGCAACUCUUGAGUUACUUUUAAAAUUAAUUGAAAAAAUGCAUCCUAAUUUUGGGUUUGCUUGGGUUUUACAAGAUAUGCGCGAAACAUUAGCCAAAGAACUUGAUUUUGAAAAUGAAGCAGAUAAUUCUGUUCAAUGUUCUACCGAUUUAUCAGAUCUUGGAACUUUAGAUAAAAAUGGCUCUGUUCAUGUACCUUGGGUUGAUCGUAAACUUACUAGUAAACGUGUUCUUACUGCUGAAUUCAUCGAUGGUAUUAAAAUUAAUCAAGUAUCUGCUCUACGUGAUGCUGGUUUCUCUUUAGCUGAAUUAGAUAGUCUAUUAGUACGUGCAUUUAGUCAUCAAGUAUUUUGUACCGGUUUUGUACAUGCUGAUCCUCAUCCAGGCAAUUUGUUGGUACGACGUAAACCUCAGAUUAAAUUAAAUGUUUUCCAGAAAAUCAAAUCAUCCAUUCACUGUAUACCAUACAUCAUAUCUAGUGCAAUAUUAUGGAUUGGGUUUUUGUGUUAUUUUCCUAUUAGUAUUGCACAGAAAUUAAAAAAUCCCAACCAUAAACUAUUUGCAUAUCCAAAUACAAAUCGAAAUACUACUGAAAUUCAGUUAGUACUUUUAGAUCAUGGUCUAUAUGAUACGUUACCAUGUGAUAAGCGUAAAGCUCUGUGUAGAAUGUAUCAAGCUAUAUUAGACUCUAAUGAGUCAACAAUGAAAGAGGCUUCUUCAUUUUUGGGCGUUGAAGAUUGGUCUACUUUUGGAGAAGUUAUUCUACAAAGACCUUGGCGUCGUCAAACCUUCAAGUUACCAUCUCAACUUUCGGCAGCUGAUAAGGCUUAUAUACGAGCUACAGCAAUCGAACAUUUCGAUCGAGUCAUGUCAGUUCUUGAACAGAUGCCACGUCCAAUGCUUCUGUUUAUUAGGAAUUUAAAUCUUAUUCGUUCUAUAUGUCGUUCUCAUGGUGAUCCAAUUGAUCGUCAUUCUUUAAUGAUAGAUAGUGCUGUUCUUGGUAGUAGAAUUACAACAUCAUAUUCUGGAAAGUUAAUUCCUCUGUCAUGGAUUGAUAGAUUAGGGGUGAAUAUAACACUUCAACGAUAUCACUGGAAAUUAAAAUAUGAAACAUUAUAUUUGUGGAUUCAAGGUUUGGUCUAUCAAUUAUUAUACGCUGUAGGUCAAGUACCUGAUAUCAAUGAAUUAUCAUCAUUGUAUAAUGUUGCAACUCCUAAAGCGUUAUCAGCUAACGUUUAACUCCUAAUCCGAUCAAACGCACACACACACACAAAGAACAAGAGAAAGCAAUUCUGUUGGAAAAAAGAAAUAAUCACAUUAAUUUUUCAUUAUUUUUAAUCUCUGAUUUCUUCCUAUUUAUUUUGUUCUUAACCUUGUAUCAUUUGUAGAUAUCAAUACUAAGGUCGGACUUGAUAACUUAAAGUAAAUUGAGCAUUAGAUAGGAGGUUAAUAAUAAAUAUACUUUUUAUUAUAUCCCAACCAGUAGAAAAAUUGUAUUUCUGAUGUUUCGUCACUUAAUGUAAGCCGCUUCUUCGGUUAUUUAUUUGCUUUGAAGAAGUGGCUUAUAUUAAAUCACGAAACGUCAGUAACAUAAUUUUUCUACUCAUUGGGAUCUAGCUUGUGUUAUUUGUUUACUUUCUAUCUCUGGUGUUUCUUUUUUUCUUUCGAUGCUUUCUGUUUUGAUGUUAGCAACUUGUCUCAAUUGUUGGUGUGUGUGUGUGUGUUCAUCAUUUACACACAGAAUUUCUGUAAAUAUCUUUCUAUUGAACAGAUGUAGAUCAGUAGGAAAACAUACAAUUUCAUACUAACUAAUUAUAUGGGACCAUUUUUCUGCUUAAAUAAUGCUCUGUACUUAUACAUAAUACUAUUUUCAUUUAGAUUUACUGAGAACUUCGGCGAGACUAUAAUUUAUGAACGAACCAAUUAGGUAUAAGAUAACAUGUCUCGGAUUUUGGCGCGAAAUUCACUCAUCCAUUUGAUUAAAUAGAGUUUUGACAUUAUAGAUGAUGUCAGUUCGUAAUGGAAACCCUAAAUCUAAUUCCUCACACAAAUUUAUGACCCUCAUUUGAUCCUAGUUAUUAGGUGGACACUCAAGGUUAGUCUAGCGUCGCUCAAAAGUCGUCCAUAAAUUAUAGUCUCACCAGAACUUCUAGUUGAUUCAGUAUAGUAUUGAUGCUUAGUUUUUCUAUUAUAUAUAUAAUCAUUUCAAUUUGAUGGAAAAAUUCUUUCUUUUAUUGAUUGAAUUUCUUUAAAAUACACUAAUAAACAUACUAAAAUUUAUAUUGAAUACAGUCACCUCCUGAGAAUGGACAUGUUACCAAAAACAAGGAAAUGUUUAUCUGAAAUAUGAGCACAACAUGAAAUUUGUUUCAUUCAAGUAAUUUAUUAGUGUAUUUGAUAAGAUGUUUGUAUCGAUUGAUCCUUACCUGUUAUAACUUGUGGCUUUGUGCCCUAUUAAUAUAUAACGUAAUG